GCGGGAACCGGAGAUGACGUUGCAAACGUCCAGUGCCUCCAUCCAGACUCGGUCCUCUCCUGGUGCUGGUGCUGAGAAACACCUUCCAAAUGAGUUGCCCCGGCAGUUGUCGCGCACAAAAACCCUGAGACUAAAAGAGGCUGGCGACGAAGGUCUGGACAGCUACGAUCUGGCACGGCGCCAGGGCUCGAAGGUGGAUAUGUUCAAAAAGAUGAAGUCCGAGGAGGCAAGCCUGGCAAAAUCAGAGGAGCAGCCCACACAAUGUGGCGUGGUGCAAGAGUGGUGUGCCUGGAUAGUCAAGUCGCACGUUUGCGAAGUCUUCUUUGCACUGAUGAUUGUCAGCAACUCUGCCUACCUUGGUGUGCAGCUGGAAUGGAGUUCCCAGAACCGAGAUAGGACUGCCGAGCAACAAAAUGUGUUUGUAGUCAUCAACACAGUUUAUGCCGUGAUUUUCCUGGUGGAGGUUUGCUUGCGCUUGGUGGCCAGUGGGCCUGGCGCAUACUUUCUGGCUUCUGGCUGGGCCUGGAAUUGGCUGGAUGUCUUUGUCGUGACGUCAACUUGGGUGGAGCUUGGCCUUGGCUUUUUCGAAGUUGAUGGGAAUGAGGGUGGCAUGUCGAACAGCAAUCUUCGAUUGCUCCGUGUGAUCAAGGUCACCCGACUGGCACGUGUCCUGCGCGUGCUUCGCGUUGUUCAGUUCGUACGGCCACUGCGGACGCUGAUGCACUGCCUAGUGGAUACAACGAAGUCCUUCGUUUGGUCACUGAUGCUUCUGGUGCUGAUGAUGUACGUCUUUGGCCUGCUCUUCACCGAUGCAGCAAUUGACCACAUCCGGGUACAUGCGUCCGGCAGCGUCGAUCCGGACCUGGACCGUUUCUUCGGAACAGUGCAGCCUUGGCUGCACGGUUUCUAG